GAGGUCAUUAUGACAGCAAGAAAGGAACGACGUAUUCGCACGGGACAAGUCAGAAUCUGUCCGCCCGGGUCAUGGCUUGGGGUUCCUGUCUCUGCCUGGCGGUGGGUGAAGGAGGCUGCUGGGAGCCAGGUGCUGAGCAAUCCGAGGAGGUCGGUCCUGCCGGGGAGCGGAACCCGUGGAGGAAGGGGAUGGUUGAAUCAGGAUUUGAAUCAGGCACGAUCAGAAAUACAGUGAAUGCUGCCGCCGAGCGCCAUCUGACAGAAAAGCAGGCCUGGAAAACAUCACACUGCUGGGCUGCGGAUUUAGCUCAGUGGUGCCACCGCCUGCCUCGCGAGCGCGCCUCAUCCACCUUGUGGCUCUGUCACCGUGGGACUGCUGGCUCCUCCCCAAAGUCAAAACGACCGUGGAAGGGAAAUGUUUUUCAGUCCGUUCAAGACAUCCUGAACCACGGCGCCACCUGUGAGAGAGGACUUCCAGACCUGCUUCAGAAAGUGGAGAACAGGCCGAGACAACAAAUUCACACUCAGUGGACACACGCGGAAACUUUGGAGCUGCCUCCUGGAAUACAGGAGCGCACGAUACUACGAGAAGUCACUGAAGAAUUAAAGGCGGUUGUGAAGGGGGACAGCCUCCCCCGCCCCGUUUUCCUGGCAGACCCUGGCUUCCUCAGCGGUCGCCUAACAGGGUGCUGGGCGUCCUUCCUUUGGCCAACGCACGUGAACUGUGGGCUCUGUCAGAUCGCUGUUAUACCCAGGGGCGCCCUGCGAGUGUUUGUUGACUGAAUCAAUGAUUAAGUAAGCGAUCAUAUUGACCACCUGCAACGUGGGGACCACCCCCAGAGGCCAAGGUGUCAGGCGCCCCAGGGAACCGAUAGGGAGGAAAUUACGAGUCAGCCCUGCCAAGAGCCACACUCGGGCUGGAAGCGGACCCAGCCACCCGACCUUGGACAGCGUCGGCCCGGCUGGCGCCUUGACCGGAGCUGGCGUGGGCACAGUUCUAUCAAACUCAUGUACCUCUCUCCUGAGCUCGCCUCUUAUGACAUGGGCUCAAAGUAUGCGGUGAAUUCUGACAUUUACAAUUUUUAUUAUAAUAACACCACUGCCUUUAGGAGUUGUGACCAGAAGCCGGGUGGCUGCCGCAGCCGAGAGCC